CCAAAAUCCACUUGUCCUCUACUGUAUCCGCUCCAGAUCCCCUUCUUUCAAGAGCUUCCCUUCACUCAUUUUAUAUACAAGUAAUCAUUUGUUGUCUUUGAACAGCUGCUCUGCAUUCUGUUCAACAGAAAAAGAGAGAGCCACAGAGAGAGAUGGGCCUGCAAUUGCUGAGAGUGUGGCUGUUGCUAUUUUUGUUUGGACUAGUUGCUAUUGUUGGGGGCGGAGGAGUGAAUGUGGGUGACUUCAAUAUAUGGCCAAUGCCCAAAUCGGUCACUAAUGGGCACAGAAAACUGUACAUGGCUCUGGAUUUUCAGCUUAUCACUGAGGGUACCAACUACAGCGAUGCUUCUGGGAUUUUAAAGGAAGCCUUCACCACAAUGGUUGAUGUAGUCCAAAUGGACUAUGCUCUUGAUGCCAAUUUCUCCGCUCUCCAUCCAUCUGUCGUCCUCAAAGGACUUCAAGUCCUUAUUUCCUCUCCAAAUGAUCAGUUACAAUACGGUAUUGAUGAGUCCUACAAAUUAUUAGUUCCUUCACCUUACAAGCCAGAUUUUGCACAUCUUGAGGCACAAACAGUUUAUGGGGCUUUGCAUGGGCUUCAGACAUUCAGCCAAUUAUGCCAUUUUAACUCUGCAACCAGCAGGAUUGAAGUUCUUAUGGUCCCAUGGACUAUCAUUGAUCAGCCAAGAUUCUCUUACCGGGGGCUCUUGAUUGAUACUUCACGACACUAUCAGCCAUUGCCAAUGAUUAAGAAAGUGAUUGAUUCUAUGGUCUAUGCAAAACUGAAUGUUUUGCAUUGGCACAUUGUGGAUACACAAUCUUUCCCUCUGGAGAUACCUUCGUAUCCAAAACUGUGGGAUGGUGCUUAUUCAUUUUCAGAGCGGUACACUUUUGCUGAGGCUGCUGAAAUUGUAAGUUAUGCCCAGAGGCGAGGAAUCAAUGUAUUGGCUGAAAUUGAUGUUCCUGGACAUGCACUCUCAUGGGGGAGGGGCUAUCCUUCUUUAUGGCCAUCAAAAAAUUGUCAACAGCCUCUUGAUGUGAGCAGUGAGUUUACAUUUAAAGUAAUAGAUGGAAUUCUUUCAGAUUUCAGUAAGAUCUUUAAAUUCAAAUUUGUUCACUUGGGAGGUGAUGAAGUUGACACAAGUUGUUGGAUGUCAACUCCUCAUAUAAUGAACUGGUUAAGAAAGCAUGGUAUGAAUGAAUCUGAAGCUUAUCAGUACUUUGUCCUGCGAGCACAGAAAAUUGCUUUGUCCCAUGGAUAUGAAAUUGUUAACUGGGAAGAAACCUUCAACAAUUUUGGCAGUAAAUUGAGCCGAAAAACUGUGGUGCACAACUGGCUUGGUGGUGGUGUUGCUGAGAAAGUGGUUGCUGCUGGAUUGAGGUGCAUCGUGAGCAACCAGGACAAAUGGUAUUUAGAUCACUUGGAUACUACUUGGCAACAAUUUUAUAUGAAUGAACCACUCACAAACAUCACAAACACUGAGCAACAAAAGUUAGUUAUCGGUGGUGAGGUAUGCAUGUGGGGAGAAACAGUAGAUGGAUCAGAUAUUGAGCAAACUAUAUGGCCACGUGCUGCAGCAGCUGCAGAGCGGCUAUGGACAACUUACAACAAGCUUGCUAGGGACCCAAAGCAAGUUACUAGAAGAUUAGCACACUUCAGGUGUCUGUUGAAUCAAAGAGGAAUAGCAGCAGCUCCAUUAGCUGGACCUGGCCGAGGAGCCCCUCAAGAGCCAGGUUCUUGCUACUCACAGUAGCAAAUAUAUAUGCAGGCACAUAUCUGAUUCUUAUGGGUGAAAUACUGUCUGUUCGCAAUGAACCCAUUUAUAAUGACAUCAUAAUAAUGCAUCAUAAUAAAGGUCAGAUUGCUUCUGGUUCCAUCUCACAAAUCUUGAAAACUGUGUGAAAGCACUUCAAAAACAAUAGGUUGAAUUAAUAACAUGUAGGAAAACCAAUUAAGUCUGUGUAUGAUAGUGUGUAUGUAAAACAGUAUGUUUCAGAGAGUCCCAUAUGAAUGAAGCAUUUCAUAUGUUCUAUUGUU